AUGACGCUACAAAUCAGCAAAAAAAUCAUAAGAUUGGCUAUUAUUGCUUCUAUUGUUAUGCUCAUGCUUAUGUACAAUAGGGUUCCGGUAAACGAUUACCUUUCUGAUCGAGUAAAGAAUAUAUCUGGUACUGUAACGGACAAAGUCGCCGAUUACAUGGGUGCUCCACCAGUCACAGAUAUUAAAUCAAACCAUAGUUUAGCCUUUGACCAACAGGAUAAUGGUCACAGCUCUGAUACGUAUUUGCAAGAUGCAAGAGUAAAGGCAUGUUUUGUUUCUUUGGUCAGGAACCGAGAUCUCUGGGAGAUUGUUCCAUCCGUUAAAAACGUCGAAGAUCGGUUUAACAGGAACUACAGGUAUACUUGGGUGUUUUUGAAUGACGAGCCAUUUACGGAAGAAUUUAAGACAGUUUUGCAGAAUAUUGUUAGCGGCGAAGCUAUUUUUGAGCAAGUUCCAAAGGAGCACUGGUCGUACCCUGACUGGAUCGAUCAGGCCAAGGCUGCUAGAGUAAGAGAGGAAAUGAGGGAGAAGUCUAUUAUCUACGGCGAUUCAGAAACGUACAGACACAUGUGUCGUUUUGAGUCAGGCUUUUUUUGGAGACACCCAGCAUUAAAAAACUUUGACUGGUACUGGCGUGUCGAGCCUAGCACUAAGCUAUUCUGUGAUAUCGAUUACGAUGUCUUCAGAUGGAUGCAAGACAAUGAUAAGGCUUACGGGUUUACUAUCUCAAUACACGAGUAUGAAGCAACAAUUCCUACGCUAUGGGAAGCUACCAAAGAAUUUAUAGAGUUACACCCAGAGUACAUUGCUCCAAACAAUAUGAUGGACUUUAUCUCUGACAAUAAAGGUAAAACGUACAAUCUUUGCCACUUCUGGUCCAACUUUGAAAUUGCUUCAUUAAACUUCUGGAGAUCGCCGGCUUAUACUGACUAUUUUGAGUUUUUGGAUCAGAAAGGAGGUUUCUUCUAUGAACGUUGGGGAGAUGCUCCAGUUCACUCCAUUGCAGUAUCUUUGUUUUUACCAAAAGAUAAAGUUCACUUUUUUGAUGACAUCGGAUACUUCCACAAUCCCUACUCACACUGUCCAAUUAAACAAGAUGUCUGGACAAAAGGGAAGUGUUCUUGUAAUCAACAAGAUGAUUUCACAUUCCAAGGCUACUCAUGCGGUCAUAAAUACUACGAAGCAAAUAACAUGAAGAAGCCUGCUGGAUAUGAGAAGUUCCAAUAG